UAAAAAAAACCACUAUGAAGACACAGGUUAUAUUUAUUACUUUUAUCUUGGUACUGUUGGCGAUUUUGCGAGCCAACGCCGAAAGUUUCACUAUCACUGAAGCCUCCGAAACCACGACAGAAUCUCCGCCAGCUCCGCAAUGGUCUUGGACGGAAUUUACCCGGGCUUUCAACGGCAGCGGUAGUGGAAACAAAUUCUACUUCUUUUUCUAGACCGAUUCUUAUCUGAAAAUUGUUUUCUGUCAAUAAAAUGCAAAUGAAAU